GUCAUUUCCUGUCUCGUUUAAUAUGCACUCUAUGGUUCAUGACGUAUGUAGCGGCAACGGCGCUAAAAUUAAAGGAAGAUAAUUUUGGUAGUUGAAUUAAGGAAACUUGCGAGCUGGCAGUCUCACUCCUUCGGUCAAUGAUUGGCGAAAGUGUCCCAUAAAGAUGGACCAAGAAAACAUCAUUAUUAUUGUCAGUGAUGAGGAGGAUGAUUGUACUACACUGCCUUCGGACGAAUCUUCUGUGUUGUUCGUGGAUGAAUUUGCCAAGAAUGGAGAUAACCCAACACCAGAGGAUGACAAUACUAGUGAGAUUGUGGAUGAAGACUUGGCAGUAACUUUCUCCAAAAAGGCAGCUGUCAUGCCACAUGCCAGAUAUGACUGCAGUAUCCAUCUUUUCAAUCCAAUGGAGAACAACACCAGUAAUCCAGUUGACAACAACAAGGCUUUCUGUGAGCAGUGUUUCUGUUAUAUCUGUGAUAAGUUGGCAUCAGAGUGUAUGUUGUGGAGCACCUCUGGAAUCUGCCAUUGCAAUGCUCAUAAACGAAGUGUGUUCUGGAAGGACCAGAGGGAUAAAGCUGUUCUUGGAUACCUUCAUGUUUUUAAUUUUGAUCUUCUGGAGGUAGAUGCAGAACUGAGACGUGCUGAGUCUGUUCUACUGAAGUUUGAAGAAGUUUUGAAAGUGGAGUAUUGCACAUUUUUGAAGGGAGUGAAGACAUCGUUAUCAGAUAUUGUCAGUUGUGGCUGCUAUUGCCAUGCAGCCAAUUCGUUCACUGCAGGAUGCAAAAAAUGCAAAUCCAGACACGUGGAUGUGAUGCUCUACGACUACUCCAGAGUAUACAAUCUUGUGUCUGAGUUCCUGGAUAAAGCUGACAAAGAGAAGCCCAGAACCGCUGCAGUGAUGUUGCUUGGAGCUGCCAAAAAUUUUAUUGUUCAUACGCAACCAACAGGCAUCCCAAAUACAGAUCCAAAAGCAUACGUUUCUGAUGCCAUUCCUGUAUUAUUGACAAGGGUGACAAAUGCUCUGAGGAACUUGAUGGUGGUUGGUGACUUCAGUGCUUCGUUCUCAAAGAAACUGCAAAACUUCUUUCAGUCACUCCCACUGCCGGUGAAAUGCAGAUGGCUGAGCGGUCGUCUGAAUGUGCUCCAGUGGGACGAUCCUCUGCUGGUGGCUGUGCUAAAAGGGCAGAACAUCACAGGAGAGCGAGUCCUAAGAGGGAAGAGAGAAGUCCUUUUUGAACCAGUGGUUGCUGUACAGGCACGUGUGGAGAAACUGAAGGAGCAAAAAAGGUACAGGGAGCUGGCAAGGUAUCUCAAGGUUGUGAGGAGCGACAACAAAAUGCUUAUACAGAGUAUGAGAGAUCACGUCCCCUUUUUCUUGUGCAAGGCUGGCGACUACCAUACAGCAUUACAGAGUUUUUUCAGUCCAACAUCAGAGAUGUGCUGCAGUGCUUGUCGACUGACUCCCAACCAGUUUGCCAUUUACUUGAGGAUCCUCACCACAGGAAAAAUGCCAGUUGGAAAAGAUCCUUUUCUGUCAACAGAGUGGGAGACUGUCAAAGAUGCCAGUCUUCCAAAGACAUCUGAGAUUAUUAAGUGUGCUUUGAGGAUUUUGAGUUGCAACACAGCAGUGUUUAUGGAUUCAGAGCCGUGGGUGAACCUGAUCAGUGCGGCGUGCUGUCCAGUAAUGGCUGAAGAUGGCUCUCUUACAUGUGCCUCGUUCCCUGUGCCUGACAUUGAAUUUCAGAUGAAGGCAAGGGACAUGGCAACAGCCAUUCUCCAAGAUGGAUCACAAAUCCAAAUUCCAAAAUCAUUUCAAUAUAGGUUUCCAGACCAGGCUCUUCUGUUGCUAGUCACACAGUCCCUAGUGCAAAGGAUUCUCCACAGUGGCAUGAUCAAUAUCCUCAACAUCGUCAUAGCUUUCAAGGCAAAUGCAUGGGCCCUGAAGUGGUUCUUCCAUAGCCUCAGUGCCAGGCCUGACAUCCUGCAGGUGUUCAUUAAUACACUUUUGGAAGAACUGUACAGGGAAAAGCAUGUACACACCUACCGAAAAAGGGACAUGUCGGAGCAUACCCUCAUCGCAGACUUCUUCUUCUUCUACUUGCUGGACAAACGUCCACUUUUAUUUUCAGUCAACCAUCAAAUCCUUGAUGACCUAUUAAAUCAUUGGAAUGAGCAUGAUUUCCCAUGGCAGUACUACCUCAGAUGCUUCCUACAACAAUAUGAGCUUGAUCUUAUGCCUGAUAAACGCAGGUUCCUUGAGCUCAUCAGGAUGAAGAAAAGUAUAAAUGCAUGUCCCCCACAGUUGCAGUAAAACAGCAUCCAAUGGAAUAAGACUCAUUUUUACUUUUUUUUUUAAAAGCACAUUCAAUCUUUUAAAAAGGCUUCCAUUCAAUCAAUCAAUUUGCCCUUAACUUUGGCCGACAAUUGAGUUUUCCUUUGAAGUUCAGCAAUAACUGAGUGUAUCAAGAAAAGGUGCAACUCUUACAUUUACUUGUAAGUCAAAGUUAAGGAUGUAUGUUUAUUGAAUAUGGGCCAAAGUUGUUUGAAUGUUGACAUUUUUGCAACUUGCAUUGAAUAACUGCAACCAUAUUGAUGUUGCAUUUUUGUUGCAAUCACUGUUGUGAUUUCAGUGUUAUGGAACAUUGAGUGCUUUCUGUUGAACAACGUAUUCAUUAAGUAUGGGGAAUUGUAUAGUUUUAGUUUAUUUCCUUUAACAUUGCAUUGAGAUUAAUAAUAAACCUGGAACCAUGACAAUAGUUCACUUUUUUGUGAACUAGGACUAUACAUAUUUUUAAACUUUUGUUUCUUUUCUUUAAUACUUUAAUGCCUGCACAUUUUUUCUAAAGCUAUUUGUGGCAUAUUGUUGCAUUUGGUGAAAUUGCAUUGUGAAUUAAUUGCAUUGUAAAAACUAUUAAAUAAUAUGUGACCAAAAA